CCUGUGAUGAUGAACAGCCUCUUAACAAUGGAGCUCAGAGCUGAUCUAGAUGAAUUGUUCUAUGAACCUGAAAACUUCACGGAGAUAAUAGAAGAGGAUAUAAACGCAACAACAACAACACCACAACCGACAACAACAACAAAACGAACAACAAUAAAGACAACAAAAGCCCCACCUUUACCUAAAUGGGUUAUUCCUGUUACAUUCUCAGUCGGGCCAAUAGAAAGUAACGAUGAGGAAAAUAUAACAAGAGUAUGGAAAAAUACAACUGAAAGCAUCCAUAAUGGAACUUGGUAUGAAGUAAAUAAUGACACGAAAAUUCAUCGGACUUCUCGUUGGGCGGAAAAUGUAACACAUUUAAUAUGGAUGAAUGAAACUGAAAUGGUAAUACCAGAUUUGGGCAAACACAAGUGGGUGAGGUACAAUGUGGGAGCGAGAGGGCUAUACAGAGUCGCUCCGCAAGAUCAUGCUGAAGGAGAGUCAGCAGAAAUACUAGCUCAGCGUGCAGCUGAAUUAUAUGAUAAUGGAAUACCAGCGGAGAGAGCUCUAUUAUUAGACGAUGCAUUUAUAUUGAGUCGCGCUGGGAGAUUGCCCGCCAGUAGGGCAAUGGCGGCUGCUGCGCGUCUCAGUACGGAGCAGCACUGGGCGCCAUGGCGGGUGGUGCUCACCCACCUCUCCUGGUGGAAGGAGCUGCUGCGUCUGUCAGCCUCCGCGCCUCAUCUCAACAGACUGCUCAGUCAGCUGCACCACGUGGAAGUGUACUCCCAGCAACAGAUAGAAGCAGCUGGUUUGAGUGAGGAUCAACUGACUAUUCUCUUCCUCAGUUGGCUGAGUGGUGCUCUUCUCAUGGCGGGAGUGGAGUGGGAGAAUGAGAACAUAACUAACCAAGCUUUAGAACUCUUUGACGCUUGGUUUGAAAACAAUGAAACUAUACCGGAGAUAUAUCAAGAAGCAGCGCUAGUAGCGGGGGUGAGGUCGCGGGGCGCGGCCGCGUGGCAUCGAGUAUGGAAGGAACUCCUCACUCAGACCUCUCACUCUGUCCGCGCUACGAAUUUGCUGCCAGCGCUGGCUGCGGCGGCUGACGACUGGCUUUUCUAUAGGUUUGCAUUCACGGUACUAUCAAGCGAAGCAGAACGAGGUCGUGAUUGGAAGACGUGGGCGAGCGCGCUCUGCGCCGGCGCCUGCAAAUGGCGCGGCGCGGCGGGCGUGUGGCGCGUGGUGUCGGCGGGCGCGCUGCCCCCCGCCGCGCUGCUCGCCGCCGCGCGCUGUCUGCACCUCCCCACAGACUACUGGCGGUUUAAAGAGUUAUUUGGCGAAGAGCGAGGUGCUGCAGCAGCACUGGAUACGAUAGCUCUGAACGCGGCCUGGGUGCCGAAAGCUGAUGCUGACCUUCUUAGAUAUUUCAAGGCUGUUAAACGAUAAACGUUCGGAAAUAAACAGCAAAAAACAGACGAAUUGGGUACCUUCUUCUUUUGGGAUAUCGGUCAAAAAGACCAUAUAUAUUUUAAAGCGCCAAUAGCCUAAUGGUUCCAAUAACCAUCUUGUUGAGGGUUUGAAUCCCGCCAUUCGACUAUCCAUAUCCUAGCACAAGUAUAAAUCUUAGUUGGAAUGGUUCAAUAAAUAUUAGUAAAUUAACAAAAAUCUACUAAUAUUUUAUAAAAAAAAAUAGGUAAUGCAUAUGCCAGUAACUGGUAUAGUUAGAUACUGGCACGUUAUAGCUAUAGUCUUAUACGAAUAGUAACUAAUGGUGAUGAUGUCCUCCACGACGGUAUCUUUGUAUCUCUGAGACUGUGUUCGAAAAUAAUAAUAGUAACUAUAGUUUGUCUAAAUAAGAUAGAUAAGUUUGAUAAAUGACGCAUGAAGUAU